CAAAAAAUCAACUGAGGAUCUACCCACGGAAAACGGUUCCCAAGUAGCGGCUUUCGAGCGACAUGCCAGGACAUAAAGUGAUGUAUUGGCCGUUUGACAGGAUUUCCCUGCAGAAGGAUUUACUCCACCAGUGUUUGAUUUGUCGAUUAUAAUAUUGUUCAGUCGACACAUGUUGCACCGUCCCGCAUUCAUACUUCCAGCGGCCUUUUGCAUCCCACAUCCCUUCAGGAUCCUGUCUUUAGAUUAACAAGAUCUCUGUUUUCUGGCCAGUAUUUGUGUGUUUAUGAGCCGUGGUCCAUCUCGACAAAGUCAUGGAGCCCAACAUGGAGUACAUAGUGGCACAGGUCACGCAGAAGGAGGUUGGACGUCGCUUCCAAGUGGGGCCGGAAAUCAUAGACUACAUCCUGGACAGACAGAAGUCACAUGACCUGGAGCACGAUCAGAGCAUGCUGGACAGGAUGGUGGACAGUCUGGCAACCUCAUGGGUCAAUGCCAGCAAUUUCAAGGUGGCGCUGCUGGGAAUGGACAUAGUAUCUGCUUUAGUGACCAGACUACAGGAACGCUUCAAAACACAAAUAGGAACAGUUCUGCCCAGUUUAAUUGAUCGUUUAGGCGAUUCUAAGGACCAGGUUCGAGAUCAAGCGCAGUCACUUCUAUUAAAAAUCAUGGACCAAGCGGCCAAUCCGCAGUAUGUUUGGGACCGAAUGCUGGCCGGAUUCAGACAUAAAAACAACCGGACCAGAGAAGCUGUUUGCUUUUGCCUUAUUGCCACUCUUAAUGUAUCCGGAGCUCACGGUUUAACCCUUAGCAAGAUAGUCCCUCAUAUUUGUCAUCUGUUCGGAGACCCAGCGAGUCAGGUUCGUGACGGUGCGAUGAACUGUCUGGUGGAGAUUUACAGACACGUCGGGGAGAGAGUGAGGGUGGAUCUGGGGAAGAAGGGGCUGCCGCAGUCACGAUUGAAUGUGAUUUUCAGCAGGUUUGAUGAAGUCCAGCGGUCUGGGAACAUGAUCCUGUCCUCAGAUAAGAACAUGGAUGAUGAGGAUUCUGUGGAUGGCGGUCGUUCCUCGUCAUCGGUGCGGCGGACGGGAUCCCUGCGCAGACCGAGCUCCGCAUCCAGCACCAAGAGCUCAGGUAAGGAGAGCUCUGGUGCCGGUGCUGUUGAUGAAGAAGACUUCAUCCGUGCCUUUGAAGAUGUGCCUGCCAUACAGAUUUACUCGGCUCGAGAGCUCGAGGACUCCAUGAACAAGAUCCGAGAAACUCUGUCCGAUGACAAACACGAUUGGGAACAGCGAGUAGCUGCACUGAAGAAGGUUCGUUCUCUGCUGUUGGCCGGCGCGAGUGAAUACGAUGGUUUUUCGCAGCAGUUACGGCAGCUGGAGGGGCCACUCAAACUCUCGGCUAAAGAUCUGCGCUCGCAGGUGGUGCGCGAGGCCUGUAUCACACUCGGGCACCUGUCAUCUGUGUUGGGUAAUAAAUUUGAUCACGGAGCCGAGAACAUCAUGCCAACGUUACUGAACCUCGUCCCCAACAGCACUAAAGUUAUGGCCACGUCUGGGAUGGCAGCGAUUCGUCUCAUUAUACGGUAUCCUGCACGUGUUUAG